AUGGACAAUCUUCUGAAAACUCUGCUGGAAAUGGAUGAUGGUGUGGGACUCAUUAAUAUGGACAUGAUUUCUGGCAUCAGCUGGAAAUAUGAAGAAGACAAGUUUGAGUCUAACCAGGUUCCAUCGCAUCACGGUUUCUUGCCAGCAUCAUCUUUUGAAUUAUUCUCUCCUUCUCCACUUCACUUCCCAGAGAUGAAAAACAGCAUACCUUUGGGCACUCAUUUCAUGCAAUCCUCACCGCAAAUCUGGGCCAUUGAAGAGAAGGGAACAUCAUCCCGGAGGCUCCAAGAACUGCCCAAAGCAAAGAUGUCAGGUAAACGCCGGAUGAAAGCGAGUGAGAGAGAAAAGCUGAGAAUGAGGAGGCUUGCUCAUGCCCUUCACACACUACGGAGUUUUCUACCACCCAAUUACAGCCAGCGAGGGGAAGUGCUCCAAUUUUGUGCUGAUCACAUCUAUAACAUUACUGAGGUUAAUAAAUCAGCAAGUAUAAAUUGUUCAGAUGGUCAGACUGGAAAGAAAAUAAAAAGGUGUCAAACAGAUGGAAAGUACGGAAAAGAGGAAGACUUUUGUGUUUCACCUCAGCUCAACAAUAUUCUGCAGUCAGCUAAGAACUCAACAAAUUUAGUAAAGGAGCUUCCCAAUCUUGUUGGAGCGUUAGCCAAUUUUACAAAACCCCAGGGAAAAAUAACACCCGGAAAUCUUGCAGCCUCAGUUGAUACCCUCAAAGUCUUUUCUUCAGUCUCAAACGUGUCUCUGAAUCAGUCUGUCAUGGAGAAUUUUCUUUCAGUAGUAGAUUUAGUGAUUGAUGAAAAUUCAAUGUCGGCCUGGGAGUCUGUGAAAUCUGAACAGAAAAAUUCCACCUCUGAAUUACUGAAGUCAGUAGAAGAUUUUACCAGAUUACUAUCACCAAUUAAUCAAACUUUCAACAUCAUAAAACCAAAUAUUCAGCUGAAGGGCAUCAAGGUUGAGUCUGGCAAAAAUUAUAAUAUACACUUCAAUGCUAUCAAGGUCCAAAAUAAAUCAAUAAGUAAUGCUGUGUUCGUUAAUCAAAAUGAACUGGAGAGAUUAAGAAAGGACUCUCUUGUUAUGAGCAUUGCAUUACCAACAAUGAACAAUCUCCUAAGCCAACCUGCGAGUAACUCCAAAUUGAAUAGUCUUGUCAUGGCAACAACUGCAGAAGAUAGCUCAAUUGCUAUUAAGAUGGAUUUCAUGCUACUGGAUCCCACACUUAAUCAAUCAAGUGCACAAUGUGUGCAUUGGAACCUCAGAACUGGAGAAUGGGAUUCAGAAGGAUGCACGCAUGAACUAAAUGGAAACAAUGUUACAUGCAACUGUAACCACCUGACAUCCUUUUCUCUCCUGAUGUCCAAAAGAGCAGAGCUUCAUGAGACCAAAACUUUGAAUACUAUAAACAGGAUUGCUCUUGGAAUAUCUCAGGGAAGCUUGAUAAUUGGGAUUAUUAUAGAGGCAAUCGUAUGGAAGAAUGUCACCAAAAAUAAAACCUCACUUGCCCGUCAUAUUGCGAUUCUGAAUAUUGCCCUAUCUCUACUGAUUCUGAAUGCAUCAUUCAUUGCACGUGAAUAUCUGGAACCAAAGAUCUUGAUCUGUACAGUAGUCAUUUUUUUUGUACACUUCUUUCUUCUUGCCUUGUUUUUUUGGAUGUUCACUCUUGCCCUGCUACUUCUUUACCAUUUAAUUUUUCUUCUCAAAGAUUUCAGCAAAUCAUCUAUGAUGCUAAUCUCAUUUAGCUUGGGCUAUGCAUGUCCAUUUGUAAUUACUGCCAGUGUGUUUGUUCAUGCCUAUAUAAAGAAGCAUUAUAUUGAAGUGGACAAGUGCUGGAUCAAUGCAAGGAAUUCCUAUCUUCACUAUACUUUUAGCAUGGUGCCAUUGGUCAUCGUUGGAAUCAACCUCCUCAUUACAUUAUUUGCCAUAGUUAAGAUGUUGCGACCAGCUGUUGGGGAGAAGUCCAGCGAUAAUAUAAAUGAGAAAAAUUCAGUCAGAAAAAUUGUAAGAUGCGUUGUGAUCCUAACUCCACUCCUGGGUCUCACCUGGAUACUUGGAUUUAUGUUUCUGGAUAAACCUACUCAUAUUGCCUUAAGUUAUUUAUUUGAUAUUCUCAAUGGGCUUCAGGGAUUCUUUAUUUUGCUUUUUGGGAUAAUCAUGGACAGUAAGGUACAAGAGGUUCUGAAACAAACACUGCUGUCACGAACUCCCUCGCAGAAGUCGCUUACAGGGACCAGUUCAACUGCAAAUUCAACUACUUACUGAGAAUCUGGUUGUGAGAUACUUUCAGAUAAAAGGAUCACUCAAGAUAUUGCUCAACAUUUACACUCAGGAGGUCAAAGUACUUCACAGGAUCAGAAUCGAAAAACAAACAUGUGCAUAUGCUGAAAUCACUCAGUAGGUCAGGCAGCAUUUGGGAGUGAAACACAGUUCACAUUUCAGAUUAAUGACCUUACAUCAAUGAACUCAUUAAAUAUGAAAGGUUUUCAACCUGAAGCGUUCACUCAUUUUCUUUCUCUGUGGAUGCUGCCUGACCUGCUGAGUGUUAACAACAUUUUCUGUUUUGCUCCACAAGACAUUCUAUUCAUAUAAUAUAGAUUUCUUCAUGAUUUGU